AUGUUCGACACGCAGCUCGUCGCCUACGAUGUACCACCAGGCCAGGAGCAAGGCGGAGAGUUCAGUCUCAAAGGAGCACCGAUUGUUGUCGACAAGCACGACUUUGUCGGAGUUUGCAUAGCUGCCAGAAACCUUGCGAGUGACUUUGGCAGAGUCACUGGUGGCGAUGCGAGCACAGUUCUGGAACACCAGAUUGACUCUUCCUGGUCUCAUGGGGAGACGGCAAUCGUAGUCGGAAGCCUUUCCUCUUCACAAAUAAUCAGAUCACUAGUGGAAUCGGGUCAACUCCAAGUCGACCAGCUUCAGGGAAAGUGGGAAUGUUUCCAAACCUGCGUGAUUGAGAAUCCUGCGUGCCUGUUUGGAUGCCGCAAAGCGCUAGUCAUUGCGGGCAGUGAUAAGCGUGGUGCCAUCUUUGGCAUCUACUCACUCUCGGAGCAAAUAGGGGUAUCACCGUGGUAUUGGUGGGCAGAUGUCCCUCCGAAACAUCACGCCAACAUCUAUGCAUUACCAAUACAUCAUAUCAGCAAAGAACCUAGUGUCAAGUUUCGAGGUAUCUUCAUCAAUGAUGAAGCACCGGCAUUGACGGGAUGGGUAUUGGAAAAAUUUGGGCAAUACGGCAAGGGGUUUUACGAGAGAGUUUUUGAACUGUUACUCCGUCUCAAGGCAAAUUUUCUCUGGCCGGCAAUGUGGCCAGGGUACCCCAAUCCAGGCAGUUCUUUCUUCGUUGAUGAUGCCCAAAACCAAAAGUUGGCAGACGACCAUGGCAUUGUCAUGUCGACGUCGCAUCAUGAACCCAUGCAACGCGCUACCAACGAGUGGUUUGAGAACAAUCCCGACGGAAGCUGGUCUUGGAUUGACAACAAGGACAAGAUUACGCAAUUCUUUCGCGACGGGAUCGAGCGAGCGCAAGGUUGCGAGUCCUACUUCACCAUGGGGAUGCGAGGUGAGUAUGACAGGGCCAUGAAGACGGACGACCCGGCCUCGGUCGUUCAGGACGUGAUCCAGACGCAGAGAAGAUUGAUCAAAGAGAGGCACGGCCGGGAAGACGCAGUUCCGCAACUCUUGGCUCUGUAUAAAGAAGUCCAAGAGUACUGGGACACGGGUAAACUCAAUGUUCCCGAUGAUGUGACUUUGUUGUUUUCAGAUGACAAUUUUGGCGCAAUACGAAGGCUGCCCUCGGGGAGCGAAACUCAGCGUAAAGGCGGAGCAGGUAUCUACUAUCAUUUUGAAUAUGUUGGAGUCCCCAGAAGCUACAAGUGGAUUAAUUCCAAUUCCCUCGGAAAGGUCUGGCAGCAGCUACAAGAGGCUCAUCGCCGCAAUGCCAAGCAGAUCUGGGUUUUCAAUGUUGGCGAUAUCAAACCAAUGGAGAUCCCCCUCUCAUUUGCAAUGCAACUAGCAUGGGACAUUGACUCGAUUUCUGCAAUUUCCCUACCGGACUUUCUCCUCAAUCUUGCUCGACAGAUGUUUGGCGGAACAAUUGACAAAGAUGUUGCUUCGGCAUGGCUGACUUAUGAUAGGCUCAUGGCUCUGCGCCGCCACGAGCAUAUCGAGGCCGAUACAUUCUCACUCCUGCAUUAUGAAGAAGCAGAUACCGUCUUGGGAAAAUGGGACAAGCUGCUAGCUGAUUCGCAAAAGCUAUACGAUACCGAGGUGCACAAAGACUAUCAAGCCGCCUUUUUUGACCUGGUGUUGCAUCCAAUCAAAGCGAGUGCUAUCUACACGUCACUUAGGAUAAACUUGGCGAGAAAUCAGCUUUGGGCCGAGCAGCGUCGGAAUUCCGCCAACACAGCGGCACGCAAGGUUCUGGACUUGUUCGACGCCGACUUUCGGCUAUCCGAAGAAUUCCAUUCCUUACUAGAUGGGAAAUGGAACAAUAUGAUGCGUCAGACUCACUACGGAUACAAGGACACUUGGCACGCCCCCAGCCGUGACAUGAUCAGUGGCAUUUGCUUCGUGCAAGCCAGACAGGAUAGCAACCCUUUGAUAGGCCAACUUGGCAUUGCCAUACAAGAUCAUCCUGGCGUCCGGCCCGGCCGCUGCAACGAGGAGAGCGAUAGGACGCAUCCUAGUCGUCGCGAUCUGGUGCCGGGAGUAACCUUGGGGGCCAUGACCCCCUACGGACCCUCGAGUCGCUGGUUUACCAUUUUCACACGUGGCUCCAUGGCCUUGAGCUGGGAGUGCAGCUGCCCGCACGAAUGGGUUCGGCUGUCAAAGAAAGCCGGUCGUCUUGUUCCAGGUCAAGAUGAUGAGCAAGUAUACAUCAGUAUUGACUGGGACAAAGUUCCGGCCUGUUUCCACGAAGAAAUUUUGAUCGAUGUCAGGUCGAUUGGUGGGAACUAUGGCCCUUACGGCGAUGAUUUUGAGCAAAUACAUCUUCUCAUAAUCAACAGGGAAGUCGAGGGCCCAUUCACUGGGCACGUAGAGGCAGACGGACAUGUUUCCGUACCUGCGUCAAAGGCUACUUCCAUUGCAGGCUACCGCACGCUGCCGUUCUUGGGGAGAACAGAUCAGGGAUCAGUGUCUGUCGAGCCAGGGAGGACUGAUCCUCCAUUUCUGGUCUACACUGUCUACACUUUCCAAGACGUCGCUGAAGCACACGUUGAGCUUCGAUUCAACAUGACCCUUGAUAUUGAUCCAUCAGACAAGAUGACAUUUGAUGUUCAGAUCGAUGAUGGUGGCGUUGAAACAUAUCGACUUGUCACAGACCCGGAGAGGAAAGGCGAAUUGCCUCCUGGUUGGUAUCAUGCUGUGCAGGACUGUACGUGGACUCACCGUCAAAGCAUUGGGAAUUUCAAACAUGGCUCACACAAUAUCCGCCUGCGUUUCCGGCAUUCGAAUAUCCUUCUCGAAAGUUUGACAGUUGAUUUGGGUGGAGUGAAGCCGAGCUAUCUUGGUCCACCAGCGAGUUCGUUUGUGAAUUAG